ACUGUAAUUGUGACUCAUACACGUCAUAUCUUUAUUGGAAAGUAAUCAUUUGCCAUGGCUAGCGAGGAGCCCUUGCUGUCGGGUUUCAAAGAACGCCAAAUACGCGGCAUUGACAAUCGCCCUGCGUCCAGCAUGCGCUCCGAGCUGGCCGUGUUGCUGCUGUUAGCGGUGUCUGGCGCCGCCGGCCUCAUCACCUCCAACGUCGCCAUAACUGCCACCAUGUUUGUGGGCGGCUUCACCACCUGGCUGUUCCUCACGCUGCCCGACUACCUGAAGGCGGUGAAGGCCGCGCCGCAGGCGGAGCUGAAGCAGCAGGCAGGGCAGCAGGAGGCAGAUGGGAAGAAGGCGGCCGCUGCCGGCAGCCUACCUGCCCCCGAGUCGGUGCUGGCGCUGAUCAGCAAGCGCCGCUCCAUCUUCCCAAAGGACUACACCGGGCAAAAGGUGUCGCACGAUCAGAUCCGGAUGCUCAUCGAGGCCGCCAACUGGGCACCCACGCACGGCCAAACCGAGCCCUGGCGGUUCGUGGUGCUGGAGGGGGCGUCCAAGAAGGAGAUGGAAGAGCUGACGAUGGAGCUCUGCCGCACGCGGCUGCCGGUGGAGAAGGCCGAGAAGACGCUGGAGAAGCUGCAAAAGAAGCGGGACAGCACCUGGGGCAAGGUGUCGUGCUACAUCGCCAUCUGCUGCAAGCGCCAGGCCAAGCCGGACAAGCUGAUGCCCGAGUGGGAGGAGAUGGCGGCCACGUCAGCAGCCGUACAGAACAUGUGGCUCAUGUCCACAUCGCUGGGUCUGGCGGCCUAUUGGACCAGCUGGCAGGAGGUUGCUCGCGAAGCCCCCGAGAUGAAGACCCUGCUGGGCCUGGCGCCGGAGGACCGAGUGCUCGGCUUCUUCACGCUGGGGCGAGCGGAGCGGGAGCGAGUGGAGGGGUACCGGGGGGCGCGCGGCCCGGCGGCGGAUAAGGUGACGUGGAAGGACUGAGGCAGGCGGGCAGGAGUCUGCAAUGGGACAGGGUUUAUGCAGGAGUGGCGGCGGUGGCAGCAGGUAUGGGCGAAGGAGGCAGGGUGAUGAGUCUUACAGAUCAAUGGCACAAGUACGGCCAUGACAUAUUCGUUGUGAAGGCUGGCGCAGCCAGUGUCGGCCUGACAGGUUGGCUGGGAGUGAACCGGAGGGCAGGUGGGCAGCAAGUCUGUGCCUGGCGCAGCUCACUGGCUGAACAAGUACUAGGGAAUAUCGGGCAAGCAAACUUAGCUAGGAGCUAGGAGCUAGGAGUCCCGAGCGGUUUGCAAUGUUAUCCUUAUGUGUAUUUAGCUUGUUGCAGGAGUAAGUCAUCGUCCAGUAGGUACACGAAUAGCUACGAAUACAAUGCUUACUUGGCGACUGCUGCAGUAAAGCGUGCGUGCACUUUCGGUUGGGAGGCUGCUGUGAAUGUUGGUAUGUAGCGUACGGUUGCCAGGGUCCUUGUCGGCGGUCGCACGUCAAGUCAACAGCAGCAUUCUGUUAGUGGGCUCCUGCUACCUGGGCGCGACCUAUUGACAGCAGGCCUCUGAUGUCAGAAGUCGUCCAACGAAAUAAAC